ACUGACUUCUCCCUAGUCUUGGCUCCUCCCCACUGUGGCAGUCGCGGGGCAUGCUGGGAAGCUCAUGUACGCGGUCUCAACUCUUCGAAAAGUCUCUGGUGAUUUCUUGGACCUUUGCCUAGGCGCACACAGAGGAAGUCUCCCCCCUCUGGGCUGCCACCCCCUGAAGGACCUUAGGGUGGCCCCGCAGAGAGCCGGCAGCCAGAGGAAUGGCCCCCCGGGACCGGGGGCUCCCCUCCCAGGGGUCAAUAACAUUCAAGGAUGUGGCUGUGGACUUCACCCAGGAAGAGUGGUGUCUAUUGGACCAUUCUCAGAAAGAGCUGUACCUGGAGGUCAUGCUGGAGAAUGUACAAAAUCUACUCUCUGUGGGGCUUCCAGUAACUAGAGAACAUUUAAUCUCCUGUUUUCAGCAAGGGAAAGCACCAUGGCUGCUAGAGCAAAAGGGCCCAAGGAGCUCUUCUCCCGCGGUAAAUUUUGAAGCGAAGGUGAUGUGUACAAAACUGAGCCCUUUUGUGGACGGAUCUGGCCCCCAAAGAUGCACGAAUGAGGAUCCGCAUGACUUCAUUUGGAGAGAAAUCUGUGAUUCUACUAUCAAAGUAAAUAAAAAUCCAAAGAGUGACUGUGAAAUUGAUGAAACUGCAGAGAAAUUCAGCCAAUAUUCAGUCCUAACUCAGUACACAAAAUUGACCUCAGGAAAUGACUGUUGUCAGGAUGGCAAAUAUAGGAAAUGCUUUCCUGAAGAAGUACGAUUUGUUCAGUCACCUAACAAACCUGAAAUGCCCAUGUAUCAAGGUAAGGUAGGAGGAAUGGCCUUUGGGUGGAGUUUAGACUUCAUUAGACAUCCAAAAAGUAAACCUAUCAAUAUGGUUUCUGUGAAUAAUAAAGGCGGGGGACCUUUAAGUCAGGAAUCUAAGCUUGUUGCACAUCACAGAAUCCAUACUAGAGAGAAACCUUAUGAAUGUAAACAGUAUAGAAAAGAUUUUACAGAGAGGGGAUCUUUUGUUAAGCAUCAGAUCAUCCACAUGGGAGAGAAACCUUAUAAAUGUCAACACUGUGGAAAGGCUUUCGCACAGAGGGACUCUCUUGUUAAACAUGAGAGAAUCCACACUGGAGAGAAACCUUAUGAAUGUCAACACUGUGGAAAGGCUUUUAGACAGAGAGGCCAUCUUACUGCACAUCAGAGAAUCCACAGUGGAGAGAAACCUUAUAAAUGUGAAUACUGUGGGAAGCAUUUCAGACAGAGGGGAAGACUUGUUGCACAUCAGAGCAUCCACACUAGUGGGAAGCCUUAUGAAUGUAAACAAUGUGGAAAGGCUUUUAUAGAGAAGGGAUCUCUUGCUAAGCAUCAGAGAAUUCACACUGGAGAGAAACCUUAUGAAUGUCAACACUGUGGAAAGGCUUUCAGAGAGAGGGGCAAUCUUAAUGAUCAUCAGCGCAUCCACACUGGAGAGAAACCUUAUGAAUGUCAACACUGUGGAAAGGCUUUCAGACAGAGGGGAAGACUUGUUGCACAUCAGAGAAUCCACAGUGGAGAGAAACCUCAUGAAUGUCAACAAUGUGGAAAGGCUUUUACAGAGAAGGGAUCUCUUACUGCACAUCAGAGAAUUCACACUGGAGAGAAACCUUAUGAAUGUCAACACUGUGGAAAGGCUUUCACAGAGAGGGGCAGUCUUUAUGCUCAUCAGCGCAUCCACACUGGAGAGAAACCUUAUGAAUGUCAACACUGUGGAAAGGCUUUUGCACAGAGGGACUCUCUUGUUACACAUGAAAGAAUCCACACUGGAGAGAAACCUUAUGAAUGUCAACACUGUGGAAAGGCUUUCGCAUACAGGGACUCUCUUGUUAAACAUGAGAGAAUCCACACUGGAGAGAAACCUUAUGAAUGUCAACACUGUGGAAAGGCUUUUGGACAGAGAGGCAAUCUUACUGCACAUCAGAGAAUCCACAGUGGAGAGAAACCUUAUAAAUGUCAACACUGUGGAAAGCAUUUCAGACAGAGGGGAAGACUUGUUGCACAUCAGAGCAUCCACACUAGUGGGAAACCUUAUGAAUGUAAACAAUGUGGAAAAGCUUUUAUAGAGAAGGGAUCUCUUGCUAAGCAUCAGAGUAUCCACACUGGAGAGAAACCUUAUGAAUGUCAACACUGUGGAAAGACUUUCAGACAGAGACACAAUCUUACUGCACAUCAGAGAAUCCACAGUGGAGAGAAACCUCAUGAAUGUCAACAAUGUGGGAAGGCUUUUACAGAAAAGGGAUCUCUUACUGCUCAUCAGAGAGUUCACACUGGAGAGAAACCUUAUGAAUGUCAACACUGUGGAAAGGCUUUCGCACACAGGGACUCUCUUGUUAAACAUGAGAGAAUCCACACUGGAGAGAAACCUUAUGAAUGUCAACACUGUGGAAAGGCUUUCGCACAUAGGCAAAAUCUUACUGCACAUCAGAUAAUCCACAGUGGAGAGAAACCUUAUAAAUGUGAAUACUGUGGAAAACAUUUCAGAUGGAGGGGAAGACUUGUUGCACAUCAGAGCAUCCACCCUAGUGGGAAACCUUAUGAAUGUAAACAAUGUGGAAAGGCUUUUAUAGAGAAGGGAUCUCUUGCUAAGCAUCAGAGUAUCCACACUGGAGAGAAACCUUAUGAAUGUCAACACUGUGGAAAGACUUUCAGACAGAGACACAAUCUUACUGCACAUCAGAGAAUCCACAGUGGAGAGAAACCUCAUGAAUGUCAACAAUGUGGAAAGGCUUUCACAGAGAAGGGCAAUCUUUAUGUUCAUCAGAGAGUUCACACUGGAGAGAAACCUUAUGAAUGUCAACACUGUGGAAAGGCUUUCGCACACAGGAACUCUCUUGUUAAACAUGAGAGAAUCCACACUGGAGAGAAACCUUAUGAAUGUCAACACUGUGGAAAGACUUUUACAGAGAAGGGAUCUCUUGUUAAGCAUCAGAUCAUCCACACUGGAGAGAAACCUUAGGAAUGCCAACAAUGUGGAAAGGCUUUUACAGAGAAGGGAUCUCUUGCUAAGCAUCAGAGCAACCACACUGGAGCGGAACCUUAUGAAUGUCAGCACUGUGGAAAGGCUUUCAGACAGAGGCACAAUCUUAUUGCACAUCAGAGAAUCCACAGUGGAGCAAAAGCUCAUGAAUGUCAACAAUGUGGCAAGGCUUUCACACAGAGGGGCUCUCUUGUUAAACAUGAGAGAAUCUACACUUGAGAGAAAUCUUAUGACUGUAAACAAUGUGGAAAGACUUGCACAGAGGGCCUGCCUUGCAACACAUUAGAGAAUCCACAAUGUAGAGAAACCUUAUGAAUGUAAACAAUGUGGAAAGGCAUUUACGUGUAGGGGCUAUGUUGCUAUACAUCAGAUAAUCCACAAAGGAGAGAAUCCUUAUGAAUGUCAACACUAUGGAAAGGCUUUCUCACAGAGGUGCAACCUUAUUGCACUUCAGAGUAUCCACACUGGAGAGAAACCUUAUGAAUGUAAACACUGGAAAGACUUUCACAUGGAAGAGCUCUGUUACAGACAAAAGAGUGGUUGGCAUUAACUGUGACCGGGGAAAUAUGGUUUUUAAUAAAAAUAUUCCCAAAUAUUAAAUGUACCCAAGUCAGCUGGGUUUUAUAGAGAUUUUAAUUAAUACAAAUUGAGGAAUUAAUGAAAGGGAGAGAGUAAAAGGAAAUAAUGAGAAAAGGGCUAGGCCAGCCUAGGCUUAAGCCUUAAGAGAGAUCAGUCAGUCUUUAAUCCACUCACCACAAGAUUUGUCCCAAGCAAGAUUCUAGUGUUCAGAGAGACCCACCAGUUUAACUCAGGAAGCUCCACUUCAGCUUCCUAGGCUGCAUCUCCAGAGGCUUUCUGGCAUCCUUUCAAAGAGAAUUUUCUCCUAUAUCACCUCCCCUAAGUUUUCACAUCUACCAAUCCAGUAGACGUUUUCACAGGAGUGACCAUUCUUAAUGCACAACUUCUUUAGUUCUCAAUUUCUCUGGGUAGACUAAUACUUCUGAGUAAGUUCACACCUCUUUGCCCCUUGCAAGUUUGCAAGUUGCCUGACCUUUUAUAGGUACUUAGAACCUUUUUGUAUUAGAUCUAAAAAUAGACUUAGCUUAAGGCUUUUGGCCUCACUAUAAUUAUAAGUUAAGUACCUUCAUUGUUCACUAAGGAGCUUACAACUUUAUCUUCCCCUAAAGUAUGCUUAAGUAUGGGUGGAAUAAUGUUAGAAUUCUCACAUUCCUGAAGAAGUCCCUUCAUUGUUUAAAAUGAGGAAUGGUCUUAACCAAUUGUUCUAGGGUAGAGUCUGAGAAUUUUUUAACAUUCAGAAGUCUGAGAAAUUUUAAUAUUCACAGCUCUCUGACUACACAUCAGAGCAUCCACACUGUAGAGAAACCUCAUAAAUCUUAUAAAUGUAACCUGUGGAAAGGCUUUUACAGUGAGGUGCUAUCUUUUUAAACAUGAGAGAAACUUUAUCAAUGUAAACACUGGACAGGCUUUUACAUGUAGGGGAUCUCUUGCUAAGCAUCAGAACAUCCACGCUGGAGAGAAACCUUAUGAAUUUAAAACAUUAUGUAAAGAGUUUCACACUAAGGAGCAAUAUUGCCAGACAUCAGACAAUCCACACUGGAGACAAACCUCAUCAAUGUAAACAUGGAAAGAAUUUUACAUGGAGGGAAUCUCUUUCGGGACAUCAGACAAUCCCAGACAGGAGAGAAACCUUAUUGUAUGGAAUAAAAUCAUGCUUUAUUCUUCAGCAUGUAUUAAUUAGUAUUAGUAAUCUUUGACAACUUCCUACUGAAAAGUUGUGAACAUCUGGUGAUGUCAGAAUGGAGAUACUAAUCUUUCCUUAUAAACAGGAGAACAAUCCCCCUCCCCAGCAUCUUUUUACAUACAUAAAUAUACACUUUCAACUCAUUA